AUGCAGAGGACUACCAAAACUAUUGAGCAAUACCAUCGUAGCUCUUUUACUCCUCAAGACGAACACGUUGAAUGUGAAACUCAGAGCUGGUACCAAGAGGUGUCAAAGCUAAAGGCAAAGUAUGAUUCUCUUCAAAGGACCCAGAGGCAUUUGCUUGGGGAAGAUGUUGGACCAUUGAACAUAAAGGAGUUGCAGAAUCUUGAGAAACAGCUUGAAGGGUCUUCAGCACAACCAAGGCAAAGGAAGAUGUGUCUGAGGAUGUUCGUGUCUACACUGACAAUGAGAACAAGUUCAAGAUUGAGAUUCCCCAAGGUAAAUUGAAUAACUACAAGUUUGGAAGUAAAACCAUACACUUUCAAUUUAAUUGCUUAAAUUCUAUACUCCUUGUGUUU